GGCGAAUUCCUGCUCUAGCUCUUGAUUUCUCGGUCUAAAACCAGCUUUAAUUUUUCUCUCUAUCCUUAUUCUGCCCAUUCAUUUUUCUUGGUUUUCCCCCUCAAACCCCCAUGUCAAACACUGUAUAAUAGUCCACCCUUUCACGACCCUUGGCUGAGCGUCUUACGAGGAGACCGUCACAAUGCCUGAAUACCAAAUCUCGUACGAUUCAGAGCUGGACACAUACCAGCUCUACCACCGCUACGAAGAAAGUCCCCCAAAAGACGACUGGCGCACAGCCGCCCUCCGAGGCCCCGCCCUCCCAGCCCUAGGAAACGCAACCGCAGGCGCCGUCGGCUCAGCAAUCUCCAACCUCAUCACCUACCCCCUCAGCCUCAUCAUCACGCGCCUCCAGACACAGAACCAGCGAUCUAAAUCUAAUAAGGAGGGGGAAGGGGGCGACGACGAUGAAGAGACAUACACGGACGUUAUCGACGCCGCGCGCAAGAUUUACGCAAAAGAAGGCCUCGGCAGUCUGUACGCGGGCUUAGCCCAAGAUACGUUCAAAACGGUAGCGGACUCGUUCCUCUUUUUCCUCGCUUAUGGCUUCUUCCGAGAACGUCGCAUUAAGGCCCGCUCCGGCAGUGGUGACCGUCGCAGCAAGCGUGUUGUGCUACCCGUGCUGGACGAGCUAGCGAUAGGGGUGUUGGCGGGUGCGUUCGCGAAGCUAUUCACAACGCCGUUGGCGAAUAUCGUCGCGCGGAAGCAGACGGCACGGUCGAAUGCGAGCACGAGGGAGAUUGCGGCGCGGAUUCGGGCCGAGAAGGGCGUCCGCGGGUUCUGGUCGGGAUACUCCGCGUCGUUGAUCCUGACGCUUAACCCGUCUAUCACGUUCUUCCUUAACGAGUUUCUGAAAUACUCCGUGCUGCCUAAGAGUCGGCGCGGAAAGCCUACGCCGGCUAUGGUCUUCUUCCUUGCUGCUAUCAGCAAGGCUACCGCUUCGUCGGUGACGUAUCCGUUUUCUAUGGCUAAGACACGAGCACAGGCUACCUCCGCGAGCCAGCCGGCGCCCUCGCCAGGAAAAGAGGAGAAAGAAGACGAAGGAAUAUCGCUCGUGCCCCCCAUCAUCUCCAACGUGGUGACCAUCGCUCGGACGGAAGGCCUCACCGCGCUGUACAGCGGCCUCACCGGUGAAGUCGCCAAGGGGUUCUUCUCGCACGGCUUCACCAUGCUUGCCAAAGACGCCGUCUACGCCGCCAUCGUGCAGAGCUACUACCUCCUGCUGAUUGUGCUGCGCCGCUACCCCACGCCGGAGGAGCUGAUCGAGCGCGCGCGCGAACAGGCGGAGGAGUGGGCUGAGGCUGCGCGCGAGGGCGCGAAGGAUCUGGCGGGCUCGGCGAGGCAGGGCGCGGGGGAGGCGCUUGCGAAGAGCUCGGGGAGUGUUGCGGUUGAUAUGUCGAGUGGUGGUGGAGCUGCGGGGGUGGGGUCGAACGAGACGGCUGAGAUGGUGGGGGAUUAUGUGGAGGAUGAGGCUGCUGAGUGGAAGGGGGGGUUGUAUCGGUGGUUUGGGGAGAAGGGGACGGGGAAGGUUGGGAAGAAUUGAUUUUUUGAGUGUGUUUUGGUAUGUGUGUGUGUGUAUGUGUACUUGUGGAUAAUGUUGGAUUGCUCUGCCUGUUGUUAGCAUCUUCGUAUAGUGUCUUCUAAUUUGUCAUUGUAAUAAGGUACUAACGUUUAUCAUAGUUUGCAAUCUAUUGUAGGGGAGCGUUGCUCAGAUGUUUUCUCCUGGCAAGAUUAAGACGGGUGAUAUUCUCUCAUGACCGCCACGCCAAAACGCUGACCGGCUUUUGGUAUAGGGCUUGACCUGACUGAUAUCCCCAACAU